GCCCGAUUCUGGCCCCAAUGCAUUCUGGUGCCGUCCCCGCUCUUCUGUCGGGAUCCACCGCUAACGUGAAGCUGUGGUGAAGACCCAGAGCUUCUACAGACAUGUCGGUGAGGGAGUCCUUUAACCCGGAGAGCUAUGAGCUGGACAAGAACUUCCGGCUCACACGCUUCGCUGAGCUCAAGGGCACAGGCUGCAAGGUGCCCCAAGAUGUUUUACAGAAAUUGCUAGAAAACCUACAGGAGAACCACUAUCAAGAAGAUGAACAGUUCCUGGGGGCAGUUAUGCCACGAUUAGGCAUAGGCAUGGACACCUGUGUGAUCCCCCUCAGACAUGGUGGCCUUUCCCUGGUCCAAACAACAGAUUACAUCUACCCCAUUGUGGAUGACCCCUACAUGAUGGGAAGAAUUGCCUGUGCCAAUGUUCUAAGUGACCUGUAUGCCAUGGGAGUGACAGAGUGUGACAACAUGUUGAUGCUUCUGGGGGUCAGCAACAAAAUGUCAGAGAAGGAGAGAGACAAAGUCAUGCCGCUGGUCAUCCAGGGCUUUAAGGAUGCAUCAGAGGAGGCGGGCACAUCAGUAACAGGAGGACAGACGGUGCUCAACCCCUGGGUGGUGUUGGGAGGAGUUGCAACAACAGUCUGCCAACCCAACGAAUUCAUCAUGCCAGACAAUGCAGUGCCAGGAGACGUGUUGGUGUUGACCAAGCCACUCGGAACACAAGUGGCGGUUGCAGUACACCAGUGGCUAGAUAUUCCUGAAAAGUGGAACAAGAUCAAGCUGGUGGUAACCCAGGAGGAUGUAGAGCUGGCCUACCAUGAAGCCAUGAUGAACAUGGCUCGGCUCAACAGGACAGCGGCUGGUCUCAUGCACACCUUCAACGCUCACGCCGCCACCGACAUCACAGGGUUUGGCAUCCUUGGCCACGCUCAGACGUUGGCACGGCAACAACGAAGUGAAGUGUCAUUUGUCAUCCACAACCUCCCGGUGCUUGCCAAGAUGGCCGCAGUGUCCAAAGCCUGUGGGAACAUGUUUGGACUCAUGCAUGGCACCUGCCCUGAAACAUCUGGAGGCCUGCUCAUCUGUCUACCUCGAGAACAGGCUGCUCGUUUCUGUGCCGAGAUCAAAUCCCCAAAAUACGGCGAGGGCCACCAAGCGUGGAUCAUAGGAAUUGUAGAGAAAGGAAAUCGCACUGCUCGCAUCAUUGACAAGCCACGGAUCAUAGAGGUGGCCCCACAAGCAGCCACGCAGAAUGUCAACCCGACUCCUGGAGCAACUUCGUAAUCCUCCUGUGCUGCAUCAUAGACCUGAACCGCUGAGUGUUUUUAGACACGCAAACUACAAAACCAUCCUAGAGUGUUUAAAUAUAUACACAAAAUAGUAUGUACACAGAAAAGACUGGGUUGGUGUGCGUCUACAUGAAAAACAGCCCCACACAGUGGCCAAUGGGGCAUGUCAUCACCCAGUGGACUCAACCUGCAGUAUCCCCAUGCUAAACAUACGUAAGAUUAGAGCAUACUUAAAAAUCCAUUUGCCUUUUGUGUCUGUUGCAUUCUGUUUUGUUAAAUGUGUGUGAUUGGCAGGCAGCCUCUGAUAAGAGAAUGAUGUUGAUGAAGACAAUGAUGUGAUACAGAUUCAUUUUGAAGCCUAGGAAGUCUGGUGUUUGUUGCCUCUUUGGGUCUUUAAAGUUGCUCUCAUCAUACAAGCGGACUGUGGGAUGGUGGUUUUUUUUUGUCCAUUCACUUUGUACAGUUAUAAAGCCUAGUUUUACUUCAUUGCUGUAACUGAUGCCUUGAAAGAAACGGAGUGUGACCAGAAUGGUUUGUUUUUUAUUACUUUGACUUUUUGUAUUGUCCCCACCUAAACUAAUAAAUAUUCAAAUAGAAGAUGGUUUGUUUUUGCCUGCUCUAAGGGCUGCCCUCAUGACUUUCACAUUUAUGACCUGAAAGUCAUACAUGUGAAGAAAUCUGCAUACCCCUCAGGAGAUUAAGCUUUCACCAUAUGUAUAACCAAAAUGUCAUGGUGUAUAGAGUUGCAAUAUGUUUUCACACACUUAUAAAACUGUAAAAGUCA